AUGAGCAGUUCAAGCCUUUACGAGCCGCCCGAGGAAGACGAAGAUGCAUCUGAUUCCGAUUUCGACGCCGGAGCAGCGCGGCGAACGAGAGCCCCUCCCUCUUCCCCGCCCACCGAGGGGCUGCGACAAUCCUCUCCAGCUGAAGCGAAUGGACAGUCUCCGCUUGAGUCAAUAGACCGCGGCGGUGUAGGCACGCGGUCUCAGGCGCUUGAACGUCUUCGCACGUCCCUAACCCGAGAAUCGGUCACGGCGUACGACAACCUUUUAGAUACGACAACCGAUGAGAAUUCGCCUAUCAAAACCGCCGAAAUCGCGUCAACGCCCGUAAAAUUUCAAGAUUACAAAGGGAUCGUUUUAUGGACACCCGCCGAGAAGGAAGUGCUUUUCAACACACUGGAAAGAAAGGGCAAAAAUGGAAUCAAGGAGAUUGCCCAAACGAUUGGAACAAAAUCGGAACUGGAAGUGCAGGAAUACAUCCGACUUCUACACGAGGGCUUAAAUGAACGACAUCAGUCUAAAAAGGAUUUCAGACCGAUCAUCCUGGGGCAGAUUCCCGCAGCGGCCGAGAUCAGCCACAAAUGCUGUCGUGCACUCGACGAGUAUGCAGGGUUACUGCGGCUUGAGGAGGAAUUUUCGGAAAAUGUGGCUGGGCGACACAAACAUCGUGACAUGUGGAUUGUCGAUCAAGACGUUGCGGCAGAAUUGGACGAGCAGAUUCAAUCGCGGGAUGAAGCCUUUGUUUCAGAUAGCAGUAUUCACCAUACAGCGGGGCUAUUGAACUUGAAGUCAUGGAUCCGACUUUCAGAGCGGUUUUUCAUGAACUUCGGCGGUCAGAGGCUCGACGACAACUGGGUCAACGUCGCUUUCGCCGAUGAGACGCCGUCGGUAACCGCAGACGCCUUCGCAGACUUUUACGCUCUGACGGUAAGCGUCACACGGCGCUUGAUUCAUUCGGCGCUCUUUUUCGCCAUGUCCCGACUCCACAGCAUGAGAGACACCGGCAAUCCCAAAGCACAGGUUGUAAAAUCGCGUGAUGUUCGGACCGCGCUGGACGUGCUGAACAUGAAGCACAAUCGCUUCGACUAUUGGGUAGGAUUGGCGCGAAGGUGCCACUUGGACGUGGCCGAUCUUCGACACCGCAAAGGCUGGAACUCAGUUCAUAUGGAUUACAACGAAGUCGAGGACAUCCUAUCUGACAGGGUCCCGCUUGACCCGGGACCCGGGGGAAGAAGUGUCUCGAGGCAUCAAUCACAGGAUGGGACCAGUGAUGACGAAGACAAUGGCUUUGUGCAUGCAUCAAAUCUGUCCUCACAGCUGCCGGAUGAGGAGUUCUCGGUGGUAGAUACAGAAGACGAUCACGCAGAACAAGUCGACCAGCAAUCGAGCCAUCUAGAAGAACAGCAGUUAUGGCAAAAGUUGGGCCAGUCACCGCCCACUUCCCUCAACUCGCUCAUCGCGGGGGAUCACAAGCGAGUCUCGAACUUGCGCAUGCCAGUUGGAGAGCACAAGACGCCCGAGGAUCUGGUCGACUGGCGUAAUAGGACCCUAUACCGAGGAGACUGGGAGGAACACGGUAAUGAAGUGUUCGAUAUCUACGAAGACAUAUCCGAACACCGACGGAAACGCCGUCGUCUUGAAAAGCCCGCUGUGUCGCUAUAUGUAACUGACUCUUCGAACGACGAGAUAUCCGAGUCCGAUUCCGCUUCCGACGCUGCAGAUGGCGAUGCAGACGAUGUUGAAAAUCAAUCAGACGCUUUAGCAGAUCCAAGCGCCGACGAAACGGAUGACAUGGAGAACGACGAACCUGAACCUGACAUGUCAACACCCAAACAACAACAAUCACCCACCAAAGGCUUCUUCGCAACAUCAUCCCCUUCACCAGUCUCCUCUCCUUCAAACCGCCACAAUAUCCCCAUUAAACCCGACCCCUACAACUACGCUCAGAACAAAAGCCAAGAUUAUUCUUCAAAUUCCGAAGAUGACCUCCCUACCACAUACGAACGACGAAAGUCAUAUUCGUCAGCACAAGAAGAUGAUGACAAUGACGGAAUACCGCUGUAUUCGCAACCGAUGAGCCCAACUGACUGGCCGUCUGAAUAA